AUUUUUGUUAUAUAAAUACGGAAAACAUAUAGGCGUGACUUAUUCGGUAAUUAUUUUUAUAUUAUUAAAAUGGCGUCUAAAGUUUCGCUUGCGUUUUGUGUACUAGCUGUUUGUAUAGCAACGGUCCCCGUUUCCGCGGUGUCAGCAGCAGCCCAGCUUCCAGCAGUAUACCCCUUAGUGAACAUCCUCCUGCCCCUCCUUAACAACGUGUACAACCUCCUCCUAUCCCUACUAUCCAUCUUCGAUACCCUCCCUCCAUCCAUCAGCUGUCUAAUCCCUGUGGACUUAUCAGCAUUGGAGACGAGUCUUCUGAAAUUGUAUUCUCAAGCGCUAGCUAUAGUGAACUUCUUGAGGAGUUUGCCUGAGUAUGCUGCUGGGGCUAGUCCAAGUACUUCGCCAUCAGGCGUUGUCAGUCUCCAGGGUCUGCUCACGACGUUGGUGUCAGCCAUCACGGACAUCGCAGACGACGUCCUGGUGGGCAUCGGCGGUGGUCUGCUGCCUGGUCUGCUGCAACUGGUUCUGGCUACCGUACAAGCCCUGCUUACGCUGCUUCUUGGAUGAUGUCAGUGUUAAUGGAACGUGCUAUUUAAAUACAUGUUAAGGUCAUCAA